ACGUAUAGCAAUGUCAACAGCUAAUGUACAGAGGCUGUUUAAAGAAGAUAUUAAACAUACAACAUCAGCUACGGAUUCGCCUCAUCCACCCUCGGCUACAGAUACGCCUCAUUCAUCCUCGGCUACUGGUACGCCUCAUCCAUCCUCGGCUACUGGUAGUACACUUCACCUAUCCUCGUCUACGGAUACGCCUCAUCCAUCCUCGGCUACUGAUGCCCCUCAUCCAUCCUCGGUUACUGGUAGGCUUCGUCCUUCCUCAGCUAUUUGUAGGCCUCAUCCAUCCUCGGCUGCAGGUACACCCCAUCCACCCUCGGCUACAUCUCAUCCAUCCUCGGGUGCAGAUAUGUCUCAUCCGAACUCGGCUACGGAUACACCUCAUCCGACCUCGGCUACGGAUUUGCCGCAUCCAUCCUUGGCUGCGGCUGUGGAUACGCUUCAGUUAUCCUCGGCUGCAGAUAUGCCUCGUCCAUCCUCGGCUUCGGAUACAACUCAAGGGCCUGCAUGUUCAG